AUGGCUGAAAUUGCUGCGGCCGCUGGAUUGGCAACCGCUGGUGUCGGGAUUGCUGCUAUGAUAGUACAGGGUGACCCCGUUGAUAACAUGCUUAUUCUUCGAUUUUCUGAUGGUGAAUUCGAUGAAAAUGCAACCAAGAUUUUUCAGUCCAGGCUCCAAAAUGAUUCAAAAUUUCGACAGAUUGCCAUUACAUGGCAAACCGAGUUCGAAAAACAAUCACGCACACCUGGUGGAGCACAGACUGCCGGACGUAGGGCCAAGCGCUUGGAGAUGAUACUGAGGCGCAGUCCUGCACGACCAGCACAAGGUUCGCCAAGCAAACAAGGACCCGGAUCUGAACGACAACUUAAAGGUCAACAAGGCCGUGGCACACAGAAAACCCCAGGAUUUACGGCAUCCCAAGAACUACAUGGCCCACAGGGCCAAAGUAGUAUUCAGGGCCGGACCCUGUCUCCGAGAGGCCAUGGAAAGGCUGACUGA